AUGAGAAAUAGGAAUGGUGUAGGUAUUCUAGUAGAUGAUGAGCUUAGGAAGCAAGUGGUAGAGGUUAAAAGGGUCAACGAUAGGAUGAUGUCAAUUAAGCUAGUUAUUGGAGGGUCUUCUUGGAAUAUUUUUAGUAUGUAUGCACCCCAUAUAAGCUUGGAUGAUGAAGAGAAGAAGAAAUUUUGGGAGGAUUUGGACGAAAUGGUGAGGAGUGUCCCCAGUAAUGAGAAGUUUUUCAUAGAAGGGGAUUUCAACGGGCACAUAGGAUCUUCUUCGAAAGGUUAUGAUGAUGUGCAUGGAGGACACGGGUUCGAUGUAAGAAAUGUUGAAGGAGCGACAUUUCUGGAUUUUUCUCGGGCGUUUAGGUUGGUGUUAGUUAAUUCAAACUUUCCCAAGAAGGAGGUUUACUUGGUUACCUUCUAUAAUUCAGUUUUCAAGACUUAA